AUGAAGAAGCUAGAAAAGUCGGGCGAGAAUUGCGUUCUUUGGGUGAUCCUGGUUGCCGUUUUGGUGGCCUCGACUUCAUCCACGUCGUCUACAUUAUUGGGCACCCGACCCAGUUUGGGAAACUUUCUCAAGUCGUACUGGAAAACAGCGGGUGGUGAUUUGGAUUGCUACCAGGAUUUUGACGUGACCAACAUGGCACACACGAUCGGACCCCCGACCCCGGAAACCCUGUUCCUGAUUGAGAGCGAAUCCGGAUCGAAAAGUUACACAUUGGUGACGGAAUCGUCGGAUUCAAGCAUGUCUCCGGAAGCGGGUCAUUGGCGAAACUUUGACCGCGAAAGCUUCAUGGCCGACGAGCGAAUUGCAAAUUUAAUGAACCCGCAAUUGGACAUCAAUGGGGAUACUUGCUGCGAUCAGCAUCGAUCCGGUGCCGGGGCAUGCGACAAUUUGCCACGGAAAAAGUUCCUUCGAAAACAGAGCAGACCUUGUUUCGGUUGCCAACGUACAGCAUACUACAAGGAGCUCAAACCGAAUCCCAUCAGACCAAAGCCAGAGACUUUGAAACUAUACAGAAUGCGUGACGAAUAUGCAGCAGCGCCGCAUUUUCCGUGCGACUCACUGAAACCCAUCGAUCCCGGGUGUUGCUUGGUGUACUCCAAUGAUGACAUUCCCAGCAAUUGUCUGGUAACCAAUCACCCACAAUGCAGCAGGAAACAUCACAUGAUACUGAAAACGCGGCGGACGCGAAAUGGGCGGAAAGUUGGAGUGGACGUGCUUCGGUUUCAACACGUGAUGCAACACAUGUGCAAUGUUGAGUCACCUACCAACAUGGCGACUCCUCAAGACACCUCCACAGGUCACAGCAUUCCAGUAAUAACAGACGAAACCUGGGAAUACACUGACCAAAACCGGUACUACCGCCAGCAAUUGAUCAACUCCUCUGGAAUUGCACGAAAAGCCGGUGCUGGGGACCCAUCCAGUACAUCAGAAGCCACUCAGCAAUCUGCACCCACAGAAUCCUCAACUUCCAGUGAACUCAGUACAGUAAAGUACUACUGGUUUGACGACUCCAUCGACUUGCGAUCCAGAGGCCUGAGAAGAGUCGCGAUGUUGCGCUUUAAAAACUACUGCGGACCCGAAUCCGCGCUUCAUUCCUACAGCCGAAACAAGAACAUCAUUUUGCAAACCCUGUGUUCGCAAUACAACUUGGAAAAGGGAGGCGUUAUCGAUGACGAGAAAACGUCAACUAGUGAACCUACUCACUUGGACCAACAGCAGGCAUCAACGUGUCUAAACUGUCACAAUGUCUUACAAAGCCUUACAUCGCAGCCAAUGCAGUCGUCUUACAGACAAACUCAACACCAGUCCAUCACCCCACUGCAACACCAUUUCAUACAAGUGCCGAUCAGUGCGAAAAACACUUCUUCUUUUGCACGAGAGUCUUCUACGCCAAUUACUGGCAGCCGGAAGUCCAGCAGGAAAAAUAUCGUGCACGAAUUAACGCGGAAGUUUGAGGGCAUCAACAAUCAGAUCGCUGUUGACGGUCGACUAGAGCAAAUUGCAAUGAGGCCAUUUUCGAAUAUCACCGACAGAAGUGCGAGACUUGACAACAUAUCAAAUCCGGCUCAAGUGACGAAAGUUUCGAAAAUAAUUCAAUACCCCAGCGAGGAGCGAGAAUCCGGCUUAAUUCACGCAUCAACCAAGACCAGCACUGAACCUCCAAGAUUAACAGAUAUUUCGAAUACCCCAUUCAAUGCCGAAGAAACUGGUCAAACACAAAUUGGAGAACACUUAUCAUACCUUGGCAGCACAUUAGCCAGUCUUGAAAAUGUCGGACUAGACGAUGGUCACGCUUCUCAAAUUUUGCCAGGAGACUUGGUGAAAAAUCAAUUCAGCAGCCAACCCGAUGAUAAUUACGCAAAACCGUCAUCAUCGCGGAAACGUUCAUCAUCAGCUCGACGAUCCAGCAAAUGGAAGACCCCAGUAAAUGAAACCGAAAUAAAAGCCAAAGAUGCAGCUUUUGCAGAAAAUCCGCGAGAAACUAGUCUCGCGUGCGUGUGCACCGAUGAAAUGGGAACGGUGUUGGCCACCCCAACUUUGCGACUUGAUGUUCUGUCAGUGAUUUCCGAUUCCAGUCAAGCCGAAGACUCGGAAAAAACGAAAUUCCCUGAUAAAGAAGCAGAGAAUGAAGAAUCAUCUCCGAGUACACCGCAAAGAUCUCCAACUAAAAAACAACACCAGGAGCAGCAAGUGUCUUCACAACAAAGAACAGUAACUUCGAUUUCUCAUCCCACUAGUCAAACUUCUCCUGAUUACCCGGCGUCUGAGAAUGUUGGUCAAGUGGAUAUUUCAGUGAACAGCAAACGAAGCAAGGGAUCGAUUUCUCAAUAUUUGGGAAUGGAAAACUUGGAGAUGUUGGACGGAGAUGACCCGACCCCGACUCAUAUUACAGACUUGGCGUCAACAACGGUUAAAGGAUCAUCUUUUAGACAAUCCUCUGAUCUGACGAAAAGAGCAUCCAGUCACUUGGGAAACGCAGAACUGGUUUGGGCAAAUGAAAAUGGCAUUGUUUCCCCAGGGAGUGGAAUAAUCUCUGAUACGCCGACAAGGAUGUCAGACAAAGCUGGGAGACCAAGUGGCGGGAAUCAACGGCCUUCAGAGCCUUCAUCAAUUCGCCAAGUCUCAAUUGAACGCCAAACGCCACGGAGAACAAGGGUCAGCUUUGAAGAUGAAGCGCCACCAUUGAGCACCACUGACGCAGUCAAUACUUCAGAUAUCAACACCCUCACGAAAAUUCCCGGAACUCAACAGAUCCGUGACACGUUCGAUUACCAAACCAAUCUCAAAGUCAUCGCGGAUGACACAAUGCAUGAUUUCACCGAAACGAAUGUCAAACUUCAGCCGGAUGCUUUUACGUACCAUCACGNCGGAUCCUCUUUUCAGCCCAGCCGCGAUGACUUGAUAUAUUCCUACACUUCCACAGAAAUGUUCGACGAGAUAAAAAGCAAUCAAUCGUUAAGUCUCGAUCAUGAUCCCCCAGCACAGGGACAGACGAUCAAGAGACUGUCCACAGGCGGCAUGAAUGACGUGCAUGAGCUUUACACUCGUAACGCCACAAGGAACAAAGGGAUCCUCACGAAUGGUGUGAACGGCCAGAAUAGCUCACAUCCGAGAAAGGAUAAUGAGAUGAACAGAAGAUCAAACAGUCGCGUGCGGAUCAGCGAUCAUUUAGAGAUAAUCAAAAUUGACAGCCCUCGUGAAGAGGUUUUCAAACAAAGGAACCCAUUUCUCGAGAUCAGACACAGGAAUCAAUCUCGCAGGCAUCAGUCGCACCAGGAUCCCAUUCAUGCAAGUGAUUCCAGUGGAUCUGAAUCUGAAAGUGAAUCUACGGAUGAAGAUGUUUCGCAGAACAGAAGGAAAUCUUACGAUCGCGGCACC